AUGGAGAGCUCAAGCGUUGCAGAGCCAUUACUGUCAAGCCCAGAUUCUGAAUCUCCCCGGUCACCUAAGCGGGUUUUGAUCCGGCUCUACAUCUCGCACUUCUUAUCAACAUGGAACUCGCGCAUGUUUGAAUUCGGAGCUGUGCUUUUUCUGUCCUCCAUAUUUCAAGGAACACUGCUGUAUGCCUCUGUUUAUGCGCUGGUUCGUUCGCUAUCUGCUGUGGUGUGCUCGUCCCGGUUGGGAUCGGUAGUGGAUCGGGCGAACCGAUUGAGGGCUGUUCGACAAUCUAUUGUUUGGCAAAGAGUGCCCGUUGCUGCCUCAUGCGCAUGCUUCGUGGUCAUUUGGGAGAUGGUAAAAACGCCCACAAUUGUGUCUCAUGGCUUGUUCGUUGGGGUCUCCCUGCUAGCUUGCGUGGAGAAAUUGGCUGCCAUGGCUAAUGCGGUGUCUGUCGAGCGUGACUGGGCUGUCGUGAUAUCAGAUAGUCUUGAUGUGUCGAGACAAGAUUUGAAUGCAUCUAUGAGACGUAUAGAUCUCUUUUGCAAAUUGCUGGCACCGGUGUUUAUCUCCCUCUUGGAUGGACUGUCGACGAAGGCUGCCAUUUGGACCAUUUUUGGAAUGAAUGCUGCUAGUGUUGUGGUUGAAUAUGUUGCUAUUGCGCAGGUAUACAAAACAGUCCCAGAACUGGCACGAAAUGAAAACGAUGAUAUCACUCUGGAAGAAAGUGAAUCCUCAACACACAGCUUAGUCGACUACAUCAGACAAGCCACAGUCAUCCCUUGGCGAGAAUACAGCUCUCAUUCCGUAUUCCUGGCGUCAUUCUCCCUGAGCCUUCUCUAUCUAACUGUGCUCUCGUUUGGCGCAACCAUGGUCACCUACUUGCUUCACACCGGCUUCAGUCCUCUCGAGGUUAGUGGCAUGCGAAUUGGCUCCGUUAUUGCGGAACUUUCUGGUACUUGGGCAGCGCCAUUCACCAUGGGCCGAAUCGGACCCAUUCGAUCCGGCUUGUGGUUUCUCAACUGGCAAUCUUGUUGCUUGGCCGCUGCCGCAGCGGGUUAUGUUUUUCUUGAUCCGAGUUCCCGGAUGGUAGCAGCUAGUCUGGUUGCUGGUGUUUCGUUGAGUCGGAUUGGUCUCUGGGGCUUUGAUCUUGCAGUGCAAUUUUUGGUGCAGGAGAAUAUCAAUGAACACGCCCGAGCCCGAUUCUCUUCUACCGAGAUGGCACUGCAGAACGUUUUCGAGCUACUGUCCUUUGCGACAACCAUCAUAUUUUCUCGACCGGAGCAGUUCAAGUAUCCGGUGUUGAUCAGCUACGGGGCUAUCGUGCUAGCACUUAUCUGCUUCGCAGGAUAUGUUCGAAAGGAGCGAGGGCAUCUGCUGCAUUUGUCCAAGUUUUGUUAUGGGACUGAUAAGAUGGAGAGGCUGAGCAGUUCUUUGGAUUUACGGCAUAAUUAG